CUGGGGGGGAUGAGAGAGGCGAGGCGUUUAGUUUGAGAUCGGGACUUCAGGUGCUCAGAGGUGAGAGAGCCGAGGUUCUGUUAGGAAUCAAGCCCUGGAAAGGCCCUGUUUGGGGGGGGGAAUCGGAUGUGACGUCCACCGACUUCCGCCUGGGGGCCUGACAGAGGCGAGGCUGUUGGUCUGAGGGGCGGACUUCACGUCGGCGGAGAGGAGAGGGCCAAGGCUGUGUUAGGAGUCAAGGCCUAUGGGUCCCCAUUACCCAGCUCCUGCCCACAUUCCUGCUUGCUUCCCCCCCAGAGCCAUCAUGCCUCGCCGCCACCGCCACCAUCACAGGAGUCAGCACCGCAGGGUUCAGGGAGGCCUUCGGGCCCAAAGAGAGGCACAGCGCCUGGUGGGUGCACAGUCUCCCGGGGCUGAGGAGGAGGGGGCGGCUGCCUCCUCCUCUACUGUGACCCCGGGCACCCUGGAGGAAGUGCCAGCUGCCGCCACACCGAGUCCUCCUGGAAGUCCUCAGGGAGCCUCCUCCUCCCCCACUGGCCUGGCUUCCAAUCAAGGCUCCAGCAACCAAGAAGAGGAGGGGCCAAGCAGCUCCCAGGACCCGGCGUCCGUGCAACGAGAGGCACUAGAAGAGAAGAUAUCUGAUUUGAUUCAUUUCCUGCUCCUCAAGUAUCGAAUCAAGGAGCUGAUCACCAAGGAAGAAAUGCUGGAUAUUGUCAUCAAGGAUUACCAAGAUCACUUCGCUGAGAUCUUCCGAGAAGCUUCCGACUGCAUGCAGCUGGUCUUUGGAGUCGACGUGAAGGAAGUUGACCCCGCAGGCCAGUCCUACAUCCUCGUCACCUCCGUGGGCCUUACCUACUAUGAGGAACUGAAUGAUGACCAGCGCUUUCCCAAGGUCGGCCUCCUGAUCAUUGUCCUUGGCUUGAUCUUCUUGGAGGGAGAUUGUGCCCCAGAGGAGGUCAUCUGGGAGGGGCUGGGUGUGAUGGGGGUGCAUGCUGGGAUGGAGCAUGUAAUGUACGGGGAACCCCGGAAGCUCGUCACCCAGGAUUGGGUGCGGGAAGGGUACCUGGAGUACCGGCAGGUGGCCAACAGUGAUCCUGCAUGUUAUGAGUUCCUGUGGGGUCCCAGGGCCCAUGCUGAAACGAGCAAGUUGAAAGUCCUGGAGUAUGUGGCCAAGGUCAAUGGGUGUGAUCCAAGAUCCUUCCCACUCCUGUAUGAAGAGGCUUUGAGAGAUGAGGAAGAAGGGAUGUGAGCAGGAGUUGCAGCCAGGGCUGAUGAGGGAGGCAGGGCCAGUUCGCAUCCAGGUCCCCUUCAAGCAGCUUCUCCUGCCCCAUGAGAAAUUAGUUGUUCUUUACUCUGUGUUUGAAGAGAUCGGUUAGUUCUUUAAGGUAGUGGAGGGACCAAGAAGGUUGGGGAAACCACCAGUGCAUAACAUUUUGUGCUCCCGUUACAUUUGGGUGACUUAGAAAUUGAUCUUUGUUUUCCUUUUGGAAUUUUACAAAGUUUGUUUUGUUCCAUAGAAGAUUUAAUUAACUUCAGCAUCUAAGUUGGUGAAUGAUAUUUACCACACAUGUCAUUUUGCUUAUCAAAAGUAAAGAGUCUGUUAUUUUGUAAAACAAAUGGAGAAACCUUCCAUUACAUUUUUCUGCUUGGAACAAGGUGGAAUUGGAAUUUCAUUGGAAUAAGGAUUUUCUUGGCAAUGUGAAAGAACAUUGCAUUUAAAUAUAUGGAGUUAUGAAAUAGAGAAAUAAAAUUUAAAGACAGUUAUUUCUUGGCUUCUUACCCCUUUUAUCU